AUGGGCAACAAUCCUUCCAAGGGCCCUGCCGGAGACAUUCCCUCGGGUCACUCAGCCCAUCCGGCCUCCGCGGGGGAUAAGAAAGUCGCUCGUCGUCCCUCCGUGAAUGCCUCCUCCAAAGCCACCGCCGUUGACCCCUCGGCCUCGAAGGAGACGGCAACCGGACACCCCGCUUGCGACAACCAACCACCCGCCCAGCAACGCCUCCAAUCCCGCAACGUGACCGAUUCUCCUACACACCAUGCUCCCGAUACGACCAAGUCUUUCCGGGAUGCUUCCUCGCCGGACCCUUCCAACCCCGUCCAGGUCCCGGGUCCUCGCGCCGCCGCGAGGCGUGAAGGCUAUUCAACCGUAGCGCCCUCGGCGCCCCCUCACAAUACCUACUACAGUGCAUCAGCGCAUCUACAACGUCCGCCACGCUUGCCGCUUCCCAUCGGCGAUGCUACUGCUACGCCCGGGUCGCCGAUUAUCGGACCUGAGGACUCAUCUUUGGGAUCGCCCCCAUCGGAUCGGGUGUUGGACGAGCAUUCGGGUCAGCGACACUCAAAAUCCGGCAGGGAUGCCAUUGACGAAGAAGAGAUACUGGAUGAACUUCAGCCGUAUACAAGCAGUGGAGUCGGCAAGCCGAUCCCGACCUUGAUCGAAUGGACUGCUCCGGGCGAGAAAGUUUAUGUGACAGGAACUUUUGUGAACUGGGAAAAGAAAUAUCGCCUGCAUCGAAGCGAGAACAACCCCAACAUCAUGUCCACCGUAUUAAACCUUCGUCCCGGAACGCAUCACCUGAAGUUCAUCGUCGAUGGCGAAAUGCGCGCGUCAGAUAGUCUUCCUACCGCUGUGGAUUUCACCAACCACUUAGUCAACUAUAUCGAGAUUAGCGCAGACGACGUUGGUCGCUCUCGACGGGAUAGCGAAAAGGCAUCCCAAGGCGCUUUUCCUCCCGGAGUCCGCCCGCCUCAAGACCUUCCGACUCCUGUUUCUGAUCAGGUUGGGUCCUCGGUAGACGAGCAGGAAGAACAACCGGAGGAGGUCCCAGCGGGAGAUUUCCGCGGUAUCAUCCCGCAAUUCCUGAUUGAUUUGGAUAGAGAAGACGAGAACCAAGAGAGCCCGGCAUAUCAGAAAGCUGUCAAUGUCUUUGGUGAUGCGCCUACGCCUCCUAGCCUGCCCCUCUUCUUAGGAAAGUCAAUCUUGAACGGGACAACUCCGAUGAAGGAUGACAGCAGCGUUCUGAAUUAUCCCAACCACACCGUCUUGAACCAUCUUGCCACCAGUAGCAUCAAGAACGGGGUCCUUGCUACCAGCGUGACUACCCGAUACAAACGAAAGGUAUUCUUUGGCAUUGCAUAUCCUGCCCUGGUCAGCGGCGACCAUUCCCGCUUGUUUCGGAAGCUGUGUUGA